AUGUCAGGUAUUUCCGUAUUAAGCUUCGCGUCGUCUAUGCUUGGAAUUAUCAACCUUGCGACGACAAUACAGAAAGGUUUUUUACUUAAUGGGAAAAAAUACCCAGACUUCGUGAUCAAUGAUCUUCCUGUUUUAAUAGCUUUUCUAUGGGAUAUCAAAAAUUCAUUUCUCAACUCCAAAGAACCCCUUCCAGCCGCCGCUGAAGCUUCCAUGAGCAGCUGCGAGUCUUACAUGGUACGGCUAGACAAAGAACUCCACAAACUGUAUGGUCCUCGCCUAGAUGGGAAAUUGACUGUCUUCCGACGGUUACGAAUCUCAUCGCGACAGAAGACUCUGGGUAACGAGUACCGUUCUUUCAGACAAUCGGUACUUCUUUUGAAAGAUGUUUGCUUAUUCUUCAAAAUUCAAGAACUCAGUAAUAAACAAGUCUAUGCGAUUGGAGAUAACGAACGAUCCAUGAAUGAAGUGUUACACCUUAAAUCAAUGCUAUUUGAAACGCAAAGGGUUUCAUAUGAUCAAUAUGGGCAUGGGGAUAGACCUGAUAAACACCACAUGCAGAAGAGUAGUCACAGAUCUCAAAGCAUAACGCGACAUACACAUCAAUACCAAUCUGAGAGCGGAUACCAAGAUGAGAUUGAUGAUGCAUCGCUGCUGCGUUUACAGCUUGACCUUCAGCUCAAAUAUCCAGAUAUGACCGUUUUUACAGCGGUAAUCUGUCCAGAAGUGCAGGAUGACCAGCCACUAAAGAUGGUAGUCGCACGAGUGUUGCUGGACACCGGUUCCGAUGUAAACAUCGUAUCCGAGAAAUACCUUCAAGGAGUUGGUUUGAGGCAUUUAAUCACCGAGAUUCCAGAAGACGAACAGAUUGAUAUGGGUGGUAUCGAAGAGCAAGGGCCAGAUUGGAAAUUUACGAGAAAAUUUACAUCAAGAUUCUACCUGUACAACAGCACGACUACUGAGACUGCAGAAUUCUUUGUGACAAAGAGUUCCGACUGGGAUAUCCUCAUUAGUCAGAAACAGCACGUCAAACUGGCAUUAGAAAGAAGCUCAGUUAGCAAGAAGCUCCUAUGGAUGUCUAAGAAAAAGCGAGACCCAGCGAAAGAAGCUGAGCAGAGAGAAUUUGAGCGGAGUCGACAGGAGCUUCUUGAAAAUCAAAGCCGUUUGUAUGAAGAAAGGGAAAAAAUGAAGCGGUCCAGCCAGCUAGAAAGUAGACAUUUGCCUGCAGCUGGUCGAGCAUGGACUUUCGACGAUAACAGAAGAGCUAUCAUGCCUGCUUCGAUUUCUGAAGCAAGCGGCAGUGGACAGGGAGACUUGUCAAUUCAGAUGGACUCUAUCGACGACCAAAGGUUAGCAAAAUUGAGAGAGGCGUCGAUAAAAUCCGGUACUAUGCAAGAUGAACCUGACGAUGAAUCGAAAGAUAUCAACUAG